AUGGCGAACCCUUUCCACAAGCAACCCGAAUUUGAUACCAUCCAGCUUCAUGGAGGCCAGUCUCCUGACCCCGCCACCAACGCUCGGGCACCGCCCAUCUACGCCUCGACUAGCUUCGUGUUCAACGAUUCUGCUCAUGGGGCGGAUUUGUUUGGUCUGAGGGCCCUCGGACACAUCUACUCCCGGAUCGGCAACCCGACGGUCGGUGUUUUUGAAGACCGGAUUGCCGCUCUCGAAGGUGGUGUGGCGGCUGUAGCGACCUCGUCGGGUCAAGCUGCCCAAUUCCUCGCCAUUGCUGCCAUUGCUGGAGUCGGGGAUAACAUCGUCUCAACAUCUUACCUAUACGGAGGAACCUACAACCAAUUCAAAGUGACAUUCAAGCACUUCGGCAUCGGCGUCAAAUGGGUUACAGAAAGCACACCAGAGGCUUUUGCGGCUGCGAUCGAUGACAAGACGAAGGCGAUCUACAUCGAGAGCAUUGCGAACCCGAAAUACAUCGUCAAUGAUAUCCCCGCACUCGCAAAGGUCGCGCAUGACCAUGGUAUCCCCCUUAUUGUCGACAACACCUUCGGAAUUGGAGGAUACCUCAUCCGCCCCAUCGAACACGGCGCCGACAUCGUCGUACACAGCGCCACGAAGUGGAUUGGCGGCCAUGGGACGACUAUCGCCGGCGUCGUCGUCGACUCGGGCAAGUUCGACUGGACGAAAUCCGGCAAGUUCCCAGCAUUUACAGAGCCGGCGGAGGGCUAUCACGGCCUCAAGUUUAGCGAGACUUUCGGGGCGGCGGCGUUCGCAGUGCGCGUGCGCACACAGCUUCUGAGGGAUCUAGGCCCAGCACUGAACCCUUUCGGGGCGUUUUUGCUGUUGCAGGGCCUGGAGACACUGAGCUUGAGAGGACAGAGGCACAGUGAGAACGCUCUCGCGCUCGCGAGAUAUCUUGAGCAACACCCCAAUGUCGCCUGGGUAUCCUACCUCGGUCUACCCUCGCAUGAAUCGUACUCUCUUGCCCUGAAACUUCUCCGGCCCAACGCCUUCGGGGGUGUCCUCUCUUUCGGUAUCAAAGGUGACGUCAAGACCGCCUCUAAGGUCGUGGACUCCCUCAAACUUGCCAGUAACCUCGCGAAUGUCGGCGACGCCAAGACGCUCGUCAUCCACCCCGCGUCGACGACGCACUCUCAGCUGACUGAGGAGGAACAGCUCGCUUCUGGCGUCACGCCUGACCUGAUCAGGGUGUCGGUUGGCAUCGAAGACGUCAGGGAUAUCAUUGCCGACUUCGAGGCAGGAUUGAAGAUCGCCUUCGAGGAGAACUAG